AUGACGACGAGAGACACGGUCUUCAAAUUUAAAGACAAGUUUGUUUUCAAAUAUUAAACAUUUCUCUCAGCUUCUAGUAUUAUCGAUCCCAGAAAACGUGGCUGUUGAUGCAAACUCGGCCGCGGUCGUGGUUGUUUUCGUCACGUUUUUUCUCGUGUCUUCCUAAUAAACACGCGGUAAAGAUCAAAACAUUCAAACUCGAAAGUUGCAAUGCUAAACAAAAUGAAACUUUUUUGAAAAAGACAACCACAACCGUAGCGGCCACAUUCUCUGGCACCAAUAAUUCAUUCCAUAAUAAACAUAAGUUUAGAAUAAUUUUGUUGGAAGACCUCGAGAAAUUGUAUAACAAUGAGGCGAUAGACCCGGAUGACAUAAUCAAAAUAGCUGAAAAACCAGAUGAACCUUUCGUUGAUUAUACGCUCGGUACUCUUUAAUUUUCUCAAUCUUGUCAUUUAUCAUGUGUUCAGACGUCAUUACCUACCUUUAUGGCGAACAAUAUCCAUUUCGAAGACAGCGGAAUACUCUGGACAGGGAUCCGUUGACUGCGUAUUCAGACGAAAGUGACGUGGAAGCUCCCAAGUGCACAAUUCCUUCUACAGUCGGAGGCGGGUUUCCAUCGUCAAUAUCUUCACGGCCUCCUACGCAACCUGUGCCGAACGCACAUAGUUCGGAACUUACUCAGACUAAAAAGGCUCCAAGGCCGUCACAAGUGACCGCUUCCGUGCCGUCUCAAAAAACUCAGACUAUAGCUGCUGUUGUAGCGGCCCCGAAGUUUUCUGAGUCUGACACAGUUUCAAAGUCUUCAAAAGUGAAUAAAGUUGUGCUACCUAGCAGAGACCGCCAGAAGAAGGCUCCACUCUUCUUAAGUGCAGCAGAUAAGAUAUACAUAGAUCAUCCGCUGUGCCAUGUGGAACCGGCUGAUCCAGAUUCAAUCACGGGUUAGUGGAUACAUAUUGUUACCCCGGAAAUAAAUGCGUUUUAGGCGAAGAAGUAAUUUCUGAACUGCAAAGACUGGAAAAAAUGUGUAAGACAGCACUUAAUUAUAAAAAGGAAGUGAAAAGAACGUUUUGGAAUACGAAACGGGACGGUAAUAAAGUGGUGAGAAAUUCUUGUCUAGGGAAAUGCACAUGACCUCGGUUACAGGCUGUCUGUCGUCUCUGUCCAUUUUCGGAGCCCUACACACCAUACACUGCUCAGCUUUUUAUUGACCAUUUAUUCAGUGAGGGGCACAAGAAGUAUCUAUCACAGAUUAGUGUCCCUAGAAAAUCAUUUCUUUACUAUGAAAAAAAGAUAUCGGCGUUCAACUUUGAAAACAAAAACACCGAUGGAAUCAGAACAAGUAAAGAGCCUCGAAAAAUCACAAGCAAAAAAGAAGCCAACGCGAAGCAAGUGGAAAACAAAGAAUAUAGCAAUUCUCACGCAUCGGAAUCACCGAUCCCUCCAACAACGUGUGCUUUGCCGAGCAACAAUGUCCAGAAAUCACGUAAGCUUCUUAUCCAUCUAGCAAUGUUCAAAUUGGAAUUAGCGCUUUCAGACGCUCCCACCGUUCCUCUGAUCACUCUUGUUGAACCUCUUCAAUGUGUUCCACGGACGGACCUAACUGCAUGUGAGCUCCCACUGUUCAAUUAUCACCGGAAUGGACAAGUGCAAGCCGACUGCCUGGGACCCACUCUCGAAGAAAUCAAUUUAAUGGAGCACGUGCGUUUCCAAAUGAUGAACAAUCUGAAUUAUCGGGUAAAAUGUUUUGUAAAACCGGUAAGAGAUACGUCUAAGAACACUGCUGAUUCGUGUUUUCUUACAGACUCAAUGCAGCUACUGUCAGGUGGAUAUCUCUGAUUGGACAGCGAUCAAUGUGGCUGUUCAUGCAUUCUCUGUGGAACAUUUGAAAAAGGUUCAUCUCAUUUUUUUUCAAAUCUCGGAACAUGUUCAAUUUAGGUACGCCGAGUCAAACACAAAGAAGAAUAUCAGUACUGGAUUUUCAAAAUUCAACAGUAUCCCGCAUUAAUCGCCGGCUACAUUAAAUCCAGAAAUCUACGCGACGAUGUCAUUCGAGUCAAAGUUUGUUGGCCACCCGCUCCAGAGAUGAACGGCCCGGGUAAAUCCAAUAGUUUGAUGUUUAGGAAUGACUCAUUCGUUAUAGAAUUUACGAGUUGCACAAACGAAGACUACGAGUACAUUGAUAAUUUUGACGACACACAAUUAACAUCCCGAGAAAAAGAGUUCUUAAUUCAUGAGGUGAGAUCCUCACGUCAUUUUUUGGUGUCCACUUUAAUUUAGUACGGCGCCUGCAUCUUCUGCAAUGAAUGGAUUCUCGAUCCGGUGAAAAUCAUCAUGCAUUAUCUGAAUGAUAACGGACAUUCAGCAAAUGUACGUAAUUUUCCCUUGUAGGCUAUUAUUAAAAGAAACAUUUCAAGGUCAAAUCUAUCAAACGAACAGUUCGCAGGGCUGAGAUGUCUCCAUUUUUACAAUGUCUGAGAAAUCAUCAGAAAAGAAUACAUAUCCUAAAGUUUGUAUAAUAAUAACUUAACAUAAAUGCAGUUGCAAUUAUCUCAUGUUUACAGGGAUCCAGAUAUUCUAAGAUCAUGUGAAAUCAUGUGA